CAAUCAGAAACACUCCAUCGAUCUUUCUCUUCAUUUCAGAACGAGAACGAUCACUUCUUCGUCCACUUUUCAAAAUCCGACGAGUGCCCAGUAACCACCAUGCCGAUGGAACCAAAACCCACGUCCAAAUUUGUAAUCUUGUUCUCCUUCCUUUUGCUUCUCAGUCUCUUACUUGUCGUCGUCCGUUCCUCCGAUGUCGCUGUCGAAGGUAUCGAAGCCGGAUCCGAGGGAGAAUUAGACGAUUUGGAGCAGCUCUUAGCGGUGGACGAACAGUUGCAGGAAGAGAGGCCGGAACAACAAUCUGAGGCGAAGACGGUGAGCAAGGCGCAGAGGAUCGUGAUGGAACUCAACGGGGACAAUACGAAGCGGUUGAUCGACGGGAAUGAGUAUGUGAUGGUUUUAGGUUACGCGCCGUGGUGUGCUAGGAGUGCGGAGUUAAUGCCGCGAUUUGCGGAAGCGGCGACGGAUUUGAAAGAGAUGGGUAGUUCGGUUUUGAUGGCUAAAAUCGACGGUGAGAGGUAUUCGAAAAUGGCGUCGCACCUUGAGAUUAAAGGUUUCCCAACUCUUCUGCUGUUUGUUAACGGCACAUCUCAGCCUUACACUGGUGGAUUUAACUCAGAGGAGAUAGUGAUUUGGGUGCAGAAGAAGACUGGUGCGCCCACUAUUAAACUUGAAACAGUUGAUAAAGCUUCAGAAUUUCUCAAGAAGCAUCAUACUUUCAUUCUCGGUCUGUUUGAAAACUCUGAGGCUUCUUCUGGAUAUGAUGAGUUUGUAAAAGCUGCGUCACUAGACAAUGAAAUCCAGUUUGUAGAAACAAAUAGUAGUGAUGUCGCCAAGCUUCUCUUCCCUAACCUUAAAACCAACAAUAUGUUUGUUGGAUUGGUUAAAACUGAGGCCGAGAGGUACACUGCAUACGAUGGACCUUGCCAAGCCGAGAAGAUAUUGGAAUUUGUGAACAGUAAUAAAUUCCCGUUGGUUACAAAACUGACUGAAUCCAACACCGUUCGUGUUUACUCCAGUCCAGUCAAGCUUCAGGUUAUGGUCUUUUCGAAGACUGAUGACUUUGAAACUCUUGCUCAGUCUCUAGAAGAUAUUGCAAGAAAGUUCACAUUAAAGCUUAUGUUGAUAUAUAUUGACAUAUCAAAUGAAAACCUCGCAAUGCCUUUCUUGACAUUAUUUUGGAUAGAAGAUGCAAAGAAAACUAUUGUUGCUGCAUUCGACAACAACCUGAACUCUAAGUUUUUGCUUGAGUCAGAUCCAUCCCCUAACAAUAUAGAAGAAUUUUGUUCAGGUCUUGCUCAUGGAGCUGUUUCACCAUACUAUAAGUCAGAGGCAAUUCCAGAUAAUCAAAAUACAAGCGUAGUGGUUGUGGUCGGCAGGACUUUUGAUGAACUGGUCUUGAAGAGCCAAGAGAACGUUCUUCUAGAGGUGCACACACCAUGGUGUCUUAACUGUGAGGCUUUGAGUAAACAAGUUGAGAAACUAUCAAAACACUUUAAAGGGUUUGAGAAUCUUGUCUUUGCAAGGAUAGACGCUUCUGCCAACGAGCAUCCUAAGCUUAAGGUUGAUGAUUAUCCAACAAUCUUGCUUUACAAAACUGGUGAAAAGGAGAACCCGUUGAAGCUGGCGACAAAAUCCAGCGCGAAGGAAAUGGCUGUUUUUAUCAACAGAGAGUUGAAACCAAAGGAUCGGUCUACUAAAGAUGAGUUAUAGAGCAUAUGGAAUACGAUCUAGGGAUCAAUAUAUAGUUUAUUGAAACCAGGAAAAUGUAGUGAAGCUUUUGAGUAAAGUACACAGAAUGGCAUAGAGUGGAAGAUGGAAAUUACAAUGUAACAAGAGAAAUAUAGCGAAGUUUGUUUUUAUCUUAAGAUUUUAUCUU